GUAAGAAUAAUGUGUAUCCUUCUCUUUUCCUCUUUACGUCUUUGGCACCCCAUUCGCAUUCCCUUACCCAUUCCUUCUUCGUCAGCAGGCAGGACUCCUCAUUCCGACGCUGGUCGUCUGCGAUUCCUAACGAAAGAACAGGACGCUGCUACAACACUCGCCCAAUAGAGCCCAGGCCCAAUUGGCAGAGCGCUUUUCCCAGGAUUUUUUUUUUUUUACGACACAAAGGCUCAAGCAUCGUCACCAUCACCAGAGCUAAAGCCAGAACCAGCACCAGCGUUGAUCAGAGCAUCCCCGUUGACUCCAGUGCAACCAUGUCCUCCGCGCGCUCCAAGAAGCAGGACAGUCUCCAGGAAUUGAGGAUAGGAACGGUGCAGCGACUCUCUCAGCACUUCUUGCAGGCGUCCAUAUCACAGUCCGGAGCCAAACCACCAUCGUCACCAAUUCGAUAUCAGCCCCUAGCGAUUCCCCAGACAUUCAAGGUUGAUAGUAGUCAUACUCCACCCCCACCUCCGUCCUCAGUGUCCUCAGUGUCUUCAGUUUCCUCAGUUUCCUCGGAUAGAUAUUCAACACCGGCACUGUCAUCCUUGCCAUCUACUCAUUCAAACACAGACUAUGCAACAACGGGCACACAACAUACGCGACAGCCCUCUGCACCGCAGCUCUCAAUAAGAUCUCCAUCCCCCAGCAACUCAUGUCCACCUCCGCCGUCUUCUUCGACCACGGUCCGGUCGGCUCCUUAUCCAUCAGCCUAUUCAUCGGUGGAACUUAUCAACUCAAAAGGACUUGCAGGUGGACUAUCAUUAAACUCAGUGGGGUCGGAAGACUCAUUUGUCAGCGCUGUCUCUUAUAUUGACUCGCCAAAAGAACCAGGAUCGCCAAGGAUAGUUCCACUAUGGAAGCAAAUGCUGGAUGCGAUCGAGCAGGAGGAGCGGACCGAACUUGACAGAAUCCUGCGUGCGUUUGAUUUUGCGAUAGUCAUUCAGACACUGGUGACAUGGAACAUCUCCAAUACGGACAACAAGUAUCGGCACGACCCAGACGUGUUGCUGGAUGCCCAGGAGCUGCUUGGACCAACCGUAGAUCACCUUAACUUGAUUCAGAUUGCGUGUUUUUUAUUCAACGAGGAGAUGGCUCUGGAUCUCUUGAACUUCGUGGCCAAGGCUUCAGACGAGCUCGAGUCAAAAAAGAUCCUGUACGAGUUCAUGGGCAAGCUGUGGGGCGAUGGCAACACCACAUUGCAUUUGGCGAGCUUUCUAGGCAUGGCAGACUUGACGAAGCGGCUACUGGACCUCGGCGCCAACGUCUACAAGAUGAAUGACCGCAAGUACAAGCCAGUGGAUUGUGCGGACGAAAACACUACUCGCAGUUUGUUCCUGAACCUCACAGAAGUUGUGAGAUAUAGAAGAAUACCACCAGAAUCAUUACCAACAUCGCCAGUCAACGACUCUGGACCAGACUUCAACUGGAGCUCGUUCAGAUCCAUGGGGCACUUGCGGUCACCAUCAACAUCUACACUGCCCCUGUCAAUGCUCGUUUCGGAUGAGCUUCGUCCAGGGCAGCAUGAGGACACGGCCAGUAACAGCUCUUUCUUAAUUCGUCCAGCUUCAACCCUGGGUAUCACCGGACAACUGAAGGGACUUUUGAUCAAAGAGUCAAGAAAUGUAGACAAGGAUCCGCAUCCGACAUAUGCCUCACGGGGCACAAAGCAGGAUUCAACGCAGGAUGCGCGAAGUGGAAAUACGACGUGCGUUGACGAUCUCCUAUUAACAGAGGAAACUAAUCAGCAAGCGCAGGAUAAAGAAUCAAUACUAUCGCCAUUAGUCAUAUUUAAGACUUCAGGAGGGCCUCUUGCGGAAUCGCCCUUGAUACCAGAUUCGUCAACAGCUACAUCAGAUUCUUCUGGCAGCAACGCCCAACGGUGGACAUCCGAAACAGACGCAACAGCAUCAUUAACGAGUACGAUGCCCAACAACGACAGUAACGGCAGUCAACUCCCACGGCAGAGCAAUAUCAACGUGAACUUGCCUUCGUACGCUAGUCAUAUCAAACCGAAACUGCGAAGCUAUCAGUCCUCACCAUCUAUCCGACUCUAUGCUGAGGAGUCGAGCACGAAGGAGUCGAGCACAUCAUCAGUAUCUAAAAAACUUCAGAGUACCAAGCGUGUAUCGUUCGACCCGCAAUCUUUGAUGGCGGACGCAUCUAGAACAGGGGAUCUGACGCUGUACAAGUCAAUGCUGGCAGUUGUGCAGGAGGAAGGCAAAUCAGGGACAUUAGAGGAGAUAAUCAAUCACCAAUCGGCAUCUCGAAAGCUGAGUUCACUUCACUUGGCAGCGUCGUACAACCAUCUGGCGCUAUGCCAGUUCCUUGUCGAGAUGGGCGCCAAUGUCAACCUAACAGAUAUGGAAGGUAGAGCCAUCAUGCGUAGUCCUAUAUGCGAGCAAGAAAGAGUGCGCGGCUGCUGUGGCCUUGUCCUUUUCUGCCUCUCGCGUUUUGCGACCCAGUUGCUCCCAAAUUACCCAAGCCAUUUUAUAUUAUGGUGUUCUGCUGUGCUGACUUGGCAUGCUUCGGUCUCCUUUGCUAUAAUGUAUAGGCUGGACCCCAAUGCACUGCGCUGCUGCUGAGGGCCACCUGAAAGUGUUUGAGUUCCUGGCCAAGAACCCAGAUGCAGAUCUGCAGGCGACGACACUGGACGGCGAACUACUGGAGGAUGUAGUUGAGGACGAGGAGGUGCGCCAGAAGGUGAUCGAUAUCAUCGAGGACCAGUCACGAAACUAGUACGGGCAUGUGCCCUCUUGCUGUAAAAGAAAAGACGCGAGACAGAUCUCCCUUCUUCCUUCCUUUGCCCUC